UUUCAUGAGUCACACUGGGCUGUUGGGAGUUUCUUCUGAAGAUGUACAUGUUGGUUGAAAGCCGCACCAGUUCCUAUCUUCAUCUGAAGAGGUCACCUGGCAUCCGGUCGUGGUCUCUCUUUGUUGGAAUAGCCUCCAUAGGUUUGGCUGCUGCUUAUUAUAGUGCAGACAGCUUGGCAUGGAAGCUCUUCUAUAUGGCUGGGUGUUUCUUUGUGGCAGCACAGAACCUGGAGCAGUGGGAGGAAGCUGUGUUUGAUAAGAACAAGGGAACAAUCUGCCUGAAAACAUUCAAUCUUUACAAAAAGAUACUGACCUUCUCCAAGGGAGGCAAUGAACAAGUAGUGGCUCUGCUGAACGAGAUCCGAGACGUGAAUGUGGAAGAGGAGACUGUGCGGUAUUUUGGGAAGGGUUACCUGGUUGUUCUAAGAUUUGUCACUGGCUUUUCACACCCACUGACUCAGAGUGCUGUCUUGGGCUGUAGAAGUGAUGUGGAAGCAGUUGCCAAACUCAUCACUAGUUUUCUGGAACUGGACAGAGUAGAGAGCCCAGAAGAGCUCUCCCAGAGCAGCGAAACAGAGGCUAGUGAUUCUGAUGAACCACAGGAUAAAUACCAACAGGCAUCAUGAGCUGAAGAAAGCAGAGGCUAUCAAACAGAUAGAAAAUACAGUGUUCUUCAGAAAAAGAAAUCCCUCACACUCUUGACCUGGGCAUUUCUCUACAUAUGCGUUUAUGAUGGGAGCAAUCUGUCUUAGGGCACCUUUUUUUAGUGCUGAGCUG